UCAACGCUCUUAAAUUCUUUCCAGUUCUCAAACUGCGGAGCGCCGCCCGACCCCUUUCCGUUGCGCGCCGCGAGGGGGCGUGCACGACGGAGUUAGCCCGGCAAAGCGCAGCGUAGCAGCACGUUUUGGGCAGGUGGCCGCUGUGUGUGUAGUCGUUUUGUCACGUUUGCGCUCACGCUCGCGUUAUUUUAUGUUUGUGCAUUGCGCUUCCAAUUGCUUGGACUAUGCCACGCUGCUUCGUUCCAGGCUGUAAAAGCGGCUACGACUCCGCGCGAUCCGUGGACGACAAGAGACAUUUUUUCAGGGCACCUCGCAAUGCUGAGCGCCUUCAACAGUGGGAGCGUGCCAUACCACCUGACAGAAAGCUUUCAAGUUCGUGUUCCGUCUGCGACCUCCACUUCGACAAUGAUGACAUUUUCAAAGUCUUCGAACACAACAUUCGUGGUGAAAUUGUGGUCAUACCGCGCGACAAAUGGACGCUGAAAGAAGACGCCGUGCCUCGCCUGUUUCCUAAUUGCCCAAGUUAUCUCUCGAAACCCACACGGAAACGCAAAGCACCAGCUCACAGACGAUCACCAGCAAAACAAAAGCGGCAGAAGAAACAUGGUGAGUGUGUGGAUGCUGCUGUCGGAGUUGCCGAUGACGAAGCGAGCUUGUCUACCGAUGACAGCAUGCCGGUGGAGAAUGUGUUUCACGUACUCAGUCGCAUGGCGAAAGAGGGACGAAAAAUUCGAGGUUGGUCCCUUGACGUUGUUGAUGCAAUGGUCGUUUUGUACAAGCUCGGGAUAAGAAAGAAUAUCCCGCUUAUAGAAAUGUCUGUGGUGUUGUCAGACAGCCUGAAUAUAAUUGUCAGUGCAGAUGGUCGAGUUGUGCCACGAAAUGUGUACGCCGGGAAGCAGACCACUGAGUUCAAGUGUAUGGAAGACUUCACAUGCCUCUUGCUAUAUGUGGAACAGCUGAAGUUGUGUAAAGGCUGUCCUGCAAAGAAGUACCCCAAAAUCUCUUCGUCAGUGGUGGCAUCAAAGCAUGGUGAAACGUGGAGGCGCAACACAUGCACGGUAUUGAGUGUUAAUGCUACAUGUGCUCAGUGCAGGACUCUCGAGAAGCUUUUCUUGCAGCGGACGAAGCAGCAAAAAGAUGGCAAGAAAAAGCAGGCUGCUCGCUUGAAGUUGCUGCGUCGCAAAGCCAUUCGUGCAACCUCAAGGCGAGAAAAACUGAAGGAAGAAGUCAUUCUGGUGAAGAGAAAGCUUAGUGCAAUUACAGAAGAGACCAUUGACAGCUCUCUUCAUAUUCUUCCGGCCAGGCAGCAACUAGCAUUCAAGACAGCUUUCAUGGCUGCAAAAGCCAAGUCAAAAAAUGGGAGGCGAUAUGAUGAUGAAUGGCUUAUGACAUGUUUGUUACUGCAAAUCUCAAGCCCGAAGGCCUACACUUUACUUGCUGAUAUGCAGCUGCUACCACUGCCAUCAAAGGCUCGCCUUCGCCAAAUAAUAGCAGGAAUACCAUGCAAGUAUGGAUUCAACCAAGUUGCAUUGAACAGCGUCAGAAGCCAUUUCAGCAACAAAAGUCACUUAAAACGGCUAGGUGUAUUGCUCCUAGACGAGAUAAAGUUGAAGCGAGGCGUCUCCUUCAAUAAGGCCUCAUGCAGAAUGGAUGGUUUUAUUGACUAUGGUGAAGUCAUGGCACCAAAUGCAAAUCAUCUUGCUGAUCAUGCAUUGGUACUGAUGUUCGUGCCACUGUUUGAGGACUGGGUGCAGCCAAUAGCAAGCUUUGCUACAAAAGGAGCGGCUCCUGGAAAAGUUCUUGCAGAACUGGUAAUGAGCGGCAUCCUGGAACUGCACAAGAACAAUGCGUCAGUGCUGGCUGUGAUCAGUGAUGGGGCUGGCAACAACAGGUCUAUGUGGAGCCAGCUUGGAGUGUCAGGGAAAAUGGAUGCGACAUGCCACUUCAUUGAGCAUCCCUGGGAACCGUCACAAAAUAUCUACUUCAUUUGUGAUGUUCCGCAUAUUGUGAAGUGCAUACGAAACCACCUGAGGAAGCACACAUACGGAAUGGCUGGCGACCUUCGCAUCAACUUUCAGCAUUACGUGACCCUAUACGAAACGGAAAAAAAGAAGCAUGUACGUGUUGUGCCAAAACUCACUGAAGCACAUGUUUCCCCUGACAACCUGCGCAAAAUGAGCGUCAGGCUGGCUACACAGCUCUUUAGCCGUGGAACAUCAAUUGGAUUGCGUGUGUAUAGGGAAGCAAAUGUCCCUGGCUUGAAAGACUCUGAAGGGACUGAGACAUUCACAAGAAUGCUCAACGAUGUUUUUGAUGCACUCAACGUCAAGCUUCCGUGCAGGGGAAUCAGGCAUCAUUCCAAAGAGAUACAGACCAUGAAGCAGUUCCUAGAAGUCUUGAAUGUGACUGAGCAAAAUGCAGUCGAGAAAGGUACAAAGCUGUUCGCGUCGCAACUGACGACGGAGUCCUUACGUGUCACAUUGUUGUCGACACUAGAUAUUAUCAAUUAUCUGUUCAACAAAGGAGCGCUUUAUGUGCUCACUGCGAAGCUCAACCAAGACCCCUUGGAGCGGCAUUUUGGUCUUGCACGAUCAUUUGGAGGAGAUGAGUCACACCCCACCGUCAUGAAUUUCUCGCAGAUAUUUCGUCUGCUGAGCCUCUACACACCCAUCAAAACAGCACUACGUGGAAGUGUACAAGGCGAACCAAAUGCUGUACUUGUCAGUGUGGAAGAGGCCUUGAACACUGCUCGAGCAGUCCAUCGCUUGAACAGAGCUAGUUUGAGAAAUGAGAUUGAGGCUAGACUGUUAGCAAUUACUUCUGGUCCUUCAAGCUCUCUCGAGCGAAUGGACAUCGAACACAGCUAUUUCAGGGGCGGUGUAGAUGAUGCUGUGACAUACUACUUAUGUGGAUAUGUCAUACACAAAAUGAGCAAGCACACAGAGUGUGAGUUGUGCCUGCAUGACAUCAGCUCAACUGUUCCACUAGUUGGUUCCGAUGCAUACUUGACAACAUAUCGGAGCUUUAAGGAAGGGAGUCUCAAGCAUCCAACAAUCAAGAUGCUACAGUUCAUAAGAAUUGCAAAUGACUCCAUAUCAUUUUCCAUUGAUCAGGCAGGUCUCUGUGGUGACCUAUUUUGGAAAGCCCUGGAUGAGCUAGAAAAGUGCAGCCUUGCUCGGCUGGGUUGCGAUGAGCACAUGUGCGCGCUCACGUGCCAAAUACUGAACUUUUUUAUUGCCACGCGAAUGCAUUUCUAUUCGAGAGAUGCGAACCGCCGCCUAGAAACACGAGAGAAAGUAGCCAUCGCGAACAAAAAAGCUCGUCUUUUGUAAAGCCACGCUGAAUGCGGCUCCUGUAAUAAAAACCUUUAAACUCA